AUGGCGGAUAACCUUCUCGACAACUACAACCCACUUUACGACAUUCACCUUCGUCAAUACUUUGCUCUCCCGCAUAUGCAAAAACAUCUGCAAAAAAUGGGAUUGGUGAGUGCAACUGGAGUCCACGCUCAACUUGAAUGGAGACGAAGUUUACGCGCGCCAUCAUGCUAUGAUGGACAUGAUGCUCAAGAACAGGUUGGGAAGAUGAAUAAAAAUCUUGAUCGGAGAUCCGAUAAUUACAGAGAAGCUCAACUGGUAAAAAUGGCGGAGUUGCGCAAAAAGCUGGAUGCCGCGGAGAAAGUGGAGUGCUGUCGUCGUAUUCGCACCGGCCAAAGCCCGGAGUCGUACCGCCAAGGAAAACCCAGUCGCAGCCUCAGUAGAAAUCGUGCUGGACAGAAGAGCAACGGCAGUGGCGGCCGGCAGCGCCGGUAUUCUAACAGUUUCGAAGAUCGGGACUUUGUCCAACGAAUCGAAGAGCGCAAUGCUGAUCCAUUGGAGAGCAAUACCAGAGAUCCAUACAAAAGAUUAUCAGCAAACGCUAAGCGUUUCAACUACUUGCAUAAACUUGACGACAGCACUUUGGUUGCUUACAAAGACAAUCUCAAAAAACAACUUCAACGUCUCGAACGUUUUCGCGAGAUUUCUUUCGGUCCACACUCGGUAGCUCGCCAACCACCACCACCGCAAACUUCGUGGUUUUUCCGAAGAAGGUCACUACCUAGCCUGACUGCUUCAGCUGGUGGAACUGCCCUGAAAGAGCCACUAAGGAGUGUACUAAAUAUGAGAGGAAGAAAAACAACAACUGGAAAUAAGUUGAAUGCGAGUCAUGACAGUCGAACCAGCUGCCCGCCUACCACUAGGAAGCGUAAAGACUUCAACGUUCGACUUCCACCGAUUCAUCCACCCUCCAGGCAGUGGGUUCCUACCAAACCACCUGUGCCGGUCUCAAUUCAACAAACCACCACCAAACUACCACCUGCUGCCAAGAAGCCAGCACCAACCCGUGGGCGUCCUUCGACAAAACGCCAGACAACAACUACUACAAUUACCACGGUCUCAUCGGUGUCGAAAUCCCCGCCUAAAGAGGAUAUAACUACAACAACACUUCCUACGCUCCCAUCUGUGACUGGUCAUGGAAUCUUUACUGGCGCUGCUGCUGCUGCUACCGCUGCAGCUAUAGGGACCAUUGCAUUGAAUGUGGAGGAUUUAAUUGCAAGCGAUUCAGAGCAAACAUCUCCAGUCUCAGAAAUUAGAGGAACUCAUGGUCGAAACUCUCCAGCUUACACUGAAACUAUUCCAAUAGAUAAUUCUCAUGAGUUGGAGGAAUCCGCUGAAAAAGAUGUUGAGCAAGGGGAGGAGGAGCAUGUCGUCCGUCAAAUUGAAGCAAUCAACGCAGCUAACACCCAUGGGGAUUAUGAGGACAGUAGUUCGGAGCCAGAAUAUGCCGAGGAAGACAAAGAAACACCAGUGGAAAUAGAAACUGUCGCUCUUGGGGUCACUGAUGCCAUCGUACCAGAACCGUUUAGUUCUGAUUUGAAUUCGGAGGGCAAUCAUGCAGAACAAGAACGUCCUGCGGAACCGAAUCACGAUGAAGCACCAAACACUGAAUCUCAAAGCUUGAAUAGAUGCUCACCAACUUUGAGUGAUACAAAUCUUUCAAUCGAGAAGCCAACUGUAGAGUCAACUGACGAGCGUCCAAACUUACCGACUGAGAAAACAGAAGAGAAGUCAGAGGAAUAUCGCGAAGAAACACCAGACCGUGUACUAUCAGUUAAUAGCUCUCAUGAUUCUGUUGCCCAUCAUGCUUCAGAGAUUGUUCCCGUCGCUGAAAUCAAUGAUCAUAAAAUUGAACAAAGCCCAAAAAGUCCGGUGGAAAAAUACGAUCAUCACGGGCAAGUGUCGUCCAGUCCAGUGCGUUCUCUCAAUAGCUCUCCAGUUUCGGAGGAUCAUGGUCAUUCACCACCAAAAGCUGAAGACUAUUCUGAACACGAAUAUGAAAAGUCAGAGCAUUCUCCAUUGCUUACUUCUCAGGAUGAGGAAAAUUCUCAAUUUGAAUCACCUACUCUUCCAAAUGAUGCUGUCUAUGAACAAGAAGGAUUGGUUGUUCAGAACCCAAUUACUGUUCACGAACAAUCUGAACCAAAAUCUCCAGAAAGCCCGGUUUUGUCACACCACGAGUCCCACCAUUUAUUAGAAGAUUUGGACACACAGGAUCAGCCGCCUGUUCAACUUUUUCUGGAUGUUAACAGCGCUGAAUCUCUUGAACAAACUGAAACUCUUGAGAGCCCGGCAAAAACGGAGAUUUUUGAAGAACAUGCACCACUUGAUGCAUCAGAAUCUACAGUUACCAAACGGGAAACACCCGAACUAAGCGAUAGAUCAAUGUCCUAUCAAAACGUAUCACCAAGCUUGGAGCAGGAGGUUGGAUUUGAACGCGCUACGACAGUCCAUUCUCAAGAAUCAAAUGAUCUAGAACGUUCUCCUAGUGUUGAAGCUCCAGCUGAAGAAUUUCUCGCCGAAGAGAACAUUUCCACCACUGCUGAGCACUUAUUUGUCUCCGAAGAAAAACCGUCGGGUAUGGGUUCACCUACAGUGGAUCAAGUGGACGAGUCUUCGAGUUUGAUUCCAUCUCAAGAAGACAUGAAAAAUCAUCUUAUCUCUGAACACAACGACGUUGUUCAGCAAGAAUUGAUGUCACCUGUUCACGAUGAUAAACACCAUGAAAUACAGGAAGAAGAGAAACAACAUGACGUUUUGUCAGCAGAUGGUUGUCAUCAACAUCAAGAAGAAACGGACCUUGAACGCUCAACAAUAAUGGGACAAACCAAUGAAGGAGCUCACCAAAGUAGCGAUCAUGUUGAUCAAGUUUCUCAUAAUGAAGAUGAAAUUCUUCAAGAACUUGCUGAACAUGUUUCAUCUGACCACAUUAUGUCUGAAGAACCCGAGAACAUCGUUGAGCCUGUUGAAGAAGAAAGAAGUAGCCCAGCUUUGCGCAGCGAUUCUCCAGCGGAAGUUGCUUCAUCUGAGCUUUUGGCUCAAAAUUCAGUUGUAGAGAAUUUGUCUGACAAUGUGGAGCAUGGCCUUGUUCACGAAAUUUCUCAUGGACCGGUUGAGAUUAUUGAUGUUCCAAUUGUUGCUCCUCUCUCAAGAAAAAUUUCCCAUGCUUCGGACAAUCAAGAUGUUGUAGCUUCGAGUCCUGAGAACAUCGCAGCCGAGACUGAAUUUGCUCCAAGAUAUCCAUCUGUUCAUACAAGUGACGCCGAGGAUGAGCAUGAAGAAAUGAAGCAUGGAUCUAAUUUCAAUGAAAAAUACGCUCCAAAAAGUCCAACCGAAAUGGAUCUAUAUUAUCCAUCGCGAGGAGAUGUUGAUAGUCCAGUAAUGUCCGAUUCAUCUCCAAGAUCAGAAACAGCUCCGUUCACUGAAGGUAAAAAUAUCACUGCUUAUCAAGAUUCGGAAACUCGGGAAUCAACUAGUCCAGUCCCUAAAGCAACUGAAGACACGAACAUUUCCAUUGAACAAGUCGCACAACACAUCGACCAACAUCCGAGUCCAAAAGAAGAUAUGGUCAUCGUUGAUACUAUUUCGAACACAGAUAAUGACAGUUCUUUGCCGUCACAGUCAAUAAUUGAGCAAACAGAUUCUAUUGGCAACGUCGAAAAAGAGGAGGAUGAACACGUUGCGCUUCAAAACCUAAGCUCAAAUAAUCCGAAUACGGAUUUAAUGACAACUUCUGUUUAUCAAUCGGGAUCUUAUCAAGAAAAUGAAAUGUUUGAUGACGAUCAUCUGGUCCAACAUACUAAUCAAUCGGAUGAAAAAAAUGAUCGUUUCUUGGAGUCUUCGGAUGCUUUGCAUGACAAAACUGUUCAGGAGCAAAGUGAUGUCAAGGAUUCCAUGAUUCUGGAUCAGGACAACAUUUCCACAGAUUCAUUAAGCAUUCAUGAUAAGCAACCAAACCCAAUGAUGCAAUCUAUUUAUCAACCGCAGAGUGAGAAUGAAGACGAUGAUGGAGAUCAUCAAACCGAUCACGUGCAAACAACCGUCACAGAGAAAACCGAUGAAUCUGGAAGACACUAUAAAGAAACUGUAUGUGAAAUUUCAGAAAUUUUUCAUGUCACUUCCACUACCAACACUGUGAUUAAAUCGGGUGACGACCUGGAAAACAACAAUGACGAGGAAGACCAUGAAAGUGGGCAUAAAGAGCAAAUUAUCGAGGAGGAAGAAGAGCACGGCGCAAACGGGAAUCUUGUUAAGGAGACCAUCACUACAACAACUACUACAAUCACCUCCGGAGGAUUUCCAGAAGGUGGAAUUCUUGUGGACGAUGGAGAUGAGAGCAACAUUUCAUCGAUCUAA